CGUGGAUAGGACAGUGGAGGGGUCCUUUCCCUUGCCAGCCCGGCAGGCUGUUGCUGCUGUCAGUUGCCGAGUGAGUGAGGGGGGGAGAGAGGAGAUUACCGGCUGUGUCUGGGGACCGGGGAGUGUAACACCGGCUGACUCCGAGGCUGUCCUCCCCUCCCAAGGCCAUCUAACACCUCACAUCUUCCAACGGAGCCGCCGAUCCGCCAUCGGAGUCACUGGGCCUAGCGGAGCGCAGACACUGCUAAUAUCCUGCAUUAUGGAGUGUGACAUGCUGGAGAAUGACGUGUUGGAGUCACUGGAAGACCUGGGCUAUAAAGGUUCACUAAUGGAUGAAGGAGCCUUGAUCCAGGCAGCCAGUCAGGGAGCCCUUUCUCCAGAAUAUACCAAACUCUGUGCGUGGCUGGUGACAGAGCUUAAAUCGUUCAGCAAACUAGAAGAAAACGUGGAAGCCACUAACAGCCCUGCUGAAUCGGAAGGAUUCCAACUAGAAAUGAGCGGUCUUUUAACCGAAAUGAGCUGUCCAUAUGCCUGUCUAACAUCAGGAGAAGUUACAAAACGCCUCCUGGACAAAAGAAAUUGUCUUCUCCUGCUAACGUAUCUCAUUUCUGAACUCGAAGCUGCUAGAAUGCUUUGUGUUACUAUGCCUUCAAAGAAGGAGAAGGAUGGUGGUGGUAGUGAGGUAUUUGUCGAACUCAAGAGCAUAUGCAUGACACUGGGAAUGUCUAAACCUCCUGCCAACAUUACGAUGUUCCAAUUUUUUAGUGGAAUUGAAAAAAAGUUGAAGGAGACCUUUUUAAAAGUGCCACCUAAUCAUUUAGGAAAGCCCCUCUUAGGCAAGACAUUGGGCCCUUCUCAUUGGGAAAAAAUUGAAGCAAUUAACCAAGCCAUAUCCAAUGAAUAUGAAGUGCGCAGAAAAAUGUUGAUUAAACGUUUGGAUGUAACAAUACAAUCAUUUGGUUGGUCCGAUCGCGCUAAGAGCCAGACUGAGAAACUUGGAAAAGCAUACCAGCCAAAGAGGGCUUUAUUGGCAGCGAAAGGCUCAAUUUCUGUGGCGCAUCUCUUAGCAGCCCGCCAUGACUUGUCAAAGAUUCUGAGAACUAGCAGCGGAUCAAUCCGGGAGAAAACUGCCUGUGCUAUAAAUAAGGUAUUAAUGGGAAGAGUUCCAGACAGAGGAGGCAGACCAAAUGAAAUAGAACCACCUCCUCCAGAAAUGCCUCCCUGGCAGAAGAGAAAUGAUGGACCACCACAAGGAGGCAGCAGAGGGGGAGGAAGAGGUGGAUAUGAGCAGUCAUAUAGUGGCAGAGGAGGCUAUGACCAAGGUGGUGGAAGAGGAGGCUAUGACCAAGGUGGUGGAAGAGGAGGCUAUGACCACAGUGGUGGGCGAGGAGGUUAUGACCACAGUGGUGGGCGAGGAGGUGGUCGUGGGAGUUAUGACCAUGGUGGCAGAGGAGCUAGAGGAAGUAAAGUUCAAGGAGGCUGGACAGACGGUGGUGGUAGCAGUACAGGAGGCGGCUUUCACGAUGGUGGUUAUCGAGAUUCUGGCGUUCAAACUGGCGGCUACCAAGGUGGUGGUGGAGGAGGAGGUUUCCAAGGUGGAUAUCAAGGAAGCAGUGGAGGAUAUGGUGGCUACCAAGGGUCGUCCUAUUCUGGAAGUGGAUACCAGGGUGGAGGUUAUCAACAAGACAACAGAUAUCAAGACGGUGGUCACCCCAAUGACAGGGGAGGCAGCCGUGGAGGUGGGAGAGGGGGCCGUGGUGGUCGUGGUGGAAGAGGAGGACAAGGUGGAGGUUGGGGAUUACGAGGUGCCCAAAACUAUAACCAGGGCGGUCAGUUUGAGCAGCACUUUCAACACGGAGGUUAUCAGUAUAACCAGUCUGGCUUUGGACAAGGAAGACACUACACUAGUUGAGGUUGUUUAAGCUUAAAUUUCAGUAGAGCUCAGGUAAUAGGAGUGACAGCCUGAUGACAUAAGUUACUGUUUUAAGGCAUCAGUUAUAACAGGAUAUCUUUCUGCUUAUGAAUGCAACAAUAUAACCUGAUGCAUGUCUAAACCUUACAAAGUCAAAUGAUGCUUCCCCAUAUGAUUUUUCUCCUUAAGAAGUGAAAUCUGCAGUGAUAGCCUUAUCCAUUGUACCCACCUUUCAUACAAUCCAGUACUGCAGUCCACAUGUAUUGUACAUCUGAAGCGCUCUGAACUAAAUAUGUCGGACAGCACAUCCAGUCUGUAGCAGUAAUUGAUAAGGGCAGGGCUCUUAAGUAAUGACCAAUACAAAAAAAUAUUCAGUAAUAGUUUGCAAAGGAUGUCCUUUGAAAUAUUUAGUUCAUGACAUCCUGGCUUUAUGCCAUCAACUGUUUAGGGUGUCUUAGUCGAUGAAGAAGACUCAUAGUUUGCCAUUGAUGAUUUAGAUGAAACAAAGCUUUUGUGCUUCAAUCUUGCGCCUGAUAAAGAAAAAAGGACCCAAACUCUUUCCUUAUGGCUUUUUUGAUAACUUCAUAUCAAUGAUGAGUUGAGGAAUUCCUUAAAGUCUACAACAAAAUUAAUUUCAUGAGUGAGAUUUAGUGUUUUAUGGAGGUCAGUGCUGUUCCACACUGGUUAAUGUUAUGUGAGCUCUACUGCAUUUUCUAGCCUUCUUUUGCCUCUGGCAAUCCACGCCAUAUUAUGCCCUAAGGGUCCUAAAUGCUGCUUUGGCAAUAAAUGGUUACCAAGUUACAUUUUUGAAUUUAAUCUACGCUUAGAUUACAUUUAAAAAGGAACAUACACUUUGACCGAUCUAAUUAACAGCUGUGGUCUAAAACUACUUGAAAAUACUUUGGAGUAGAUAAUUCACCUUUAUCAUUUGCGCAUACCUUCAUGCCACUGAUUAAAUCAAGUGGUUGUUUUUGUUCUGUUUUAAUUUGUGGUGCGCACUUUUUUUCUUUUAAUUUUUCUCUUUAUUUGAGGAAAUGCACUACUCUUUGGGCAAAAGGAGUUUAUGUCCAAAGUUGUCCUUUAUAAAUGCUGCAGAAACAAAGCCUGUAUGGGUUUGCGGUUUAUAAUAAAGCCUUUACCAAGAGCCUCAAGAUGCUUUGUGUUGGGUUUACUGUAUACAAAAGCAUUGUUAAGCUGUGAAAGAAACCAGUUGAAGGUGUGCUGUUUGUAUGAAAGGUGAACAAUAAAGUUCCUGUGUGUUUUUUGCCUUA